AUGACUCUUUCUAAACACGUUGACGCUGAGCAAUUGGAGCACAGGCUCUUGAAAUUAGCCACCAAGACCCCAGUGUCUGAUAGGGAUGAGUACAUCUUUAACUACUCUUCCAAUAACCCAGUGCCAAAGCACCAGAUCCCAACUAAGUCCAGCAACCUGGACUUGGUUCUUAAGUACAUGGAGGAAGAAUUGAGUCUUGACGGUACGCCUACGUUGAACAUGGCUUCGUUUGUCAAUACUGCAGUGGAGCCCAACCCAUUGAAGUUGAUCUGUGACAAUAUCUCGAAGAACUUGGCUGAUAAUGAUGAGUACCCUUCGUUACUCGAGCACCAGGCUCGGUGUAUGAGCAUUUUGUCCGAUCUUUGGCACGCUCCUAAGAACAAGGAUGGUACUACGGAUACCAUCGGUACGUCUACCACCGGUUCUUCCGAGGCUGUCUUGUUGGGUGGCUUGGCAUUGAAGAAGAGAUGGCAGGAGAAGAGAAAGGCAGAGGGCAAGUCGACUGAAAACCCUAAUAUUAUCAUGUCGUCUAUUGCCCAAGUUGCUUUGGAGAAGUUUGCCAGAUACUUUGAUGUGGAGAAUAGAACAAUUCACAUCAAUGAAGGCUCUGAGCAUGUUCUUGAUGUUCUGAAGAUCAAGGAGCAAGUUGACGAGAACACAAUUGGUAUUUUCGUUAUCUUGGGUUCUACCUAUACCGGUAACUUUGAGUCUGUGGAGAAAGUGAAUGCCAUCUUGGACGAAAUUGAGAAGGAGAAGGGUCUUGAUGUCAAGAUCCAUGUUGAUGCAGCUUCUGGAGGCUUUGUGGCACCUUUUGUCUAUCCAAACUUAAAAUGGGAUUUUGCUGUACCUCGUGUUGUAUCGAUCAACACUUCUGGCCACAAGUUCGGCUUGACCACUGCUGGUUUGGGCUGGAUCAUCUGGAAACAUAGCGAAUACUUGCCUGAGCAAUUGAGGUUCAAGUUGGACUACUUGGGUGGUGUUGAAGAAACCUUCAGUUUGAACUUCUCUAGACCCGGCUUCCCUGUGUUGCACCAAUACUAUAACUUUUUGGCGUUUGGCAGAGAAGGCUACACCAAGAUCUUUGAUAGCUGCAUCCAAAACACGCGGUUGUUGUCGAGAUACUUAGAAGAGAGUGGCUACUAUGAGGUCCUCUCCGUGAUUCACAGGCCAUUGGACGAGGAGGAGUCUAAGAGGAUCUUCACUCUUAACAAGAACGAUAACCUGAAGUUGGGCAAGGUUGCAGUUGCCAACCAAGGUUACCGCCCAGGCUUGCCGGUCGUUGCCUUUAGAUUCAGUGAGGAAUUCAGAAACAAGUACCCUGGAAUUCCUCAAGCCAUGAUCUCAGUGUUGUUGAGAAACAAGGGCUUCAUUGUGCCAAACUACAACUUGAGUCCAGAUGAGCACGACAAGGAGAUUUUGCGUGCUGUGAUUAGACCUUCUUGUAACUUGAACUUGUUAGAAAAGCUCAUCCAGAGCAUUACCGAGAGCACCGAGUUGCUUCUCAAGGCUCACGAUACUGUGAUGGAUAUCGUUAGCAAGAAGGGCGCCGAGAACGAGGCCGCCAGGAAAGAGAUGAUCCACGAGUUGUUGCUUAGUAUUGCCUCUGACGGUGUCAUUGACAAGAAGAAGGCCCAAACCAAACUCUUGGACAAGGAAGGCACGGGACAUUACAAGCACAAGAAGUCAUAUAGAGGUACUUGCUAG